CGCACGUCUCUUCCCUAACCACCCCACCCUCGUUUCUCUCGAUCUCUCCAGCUCCCUCCUCCUCUCUCUCAAUUCGACUCCCAACUCCGAAGCCCCACGCCGCCGCCGUUCCGCCACGCGAUAGAGUUGAGGCGCCCCCCGCGAGCUGCCUCUAGUUGCCAGCUCCCCGCCCCGCCACUCGAGGAGCGGGGGCCAAAUUGGUGGGGGGCCUGCGUCCCGUGUCUCUCUGCUUUGCGCCGCUCUCCGCUCCGCGCAACCGCCGAUCCCGCGCGGGGGAUGCGGUGACACGAGGCGUGAUGUGCGGAUCGGAGAAUGGACGUGAUCGCGUCCCCGCCUAGCAGGAGCUGCUGCGUGAGUCGGCGUGGGAGCAGGGAUUGUUGCGCGGGCCACGGCCAUGACGAUGUACAUAGCGCGGGAGGCUUCCAAGGUAUGGAGGAAGGUGACCACGGAGAUAUCGGCGGAGCUGCCGCUCCUGCGCGAGAAGUGGCGGCUGCUCCUCGCCGGACUGAUUUGCCAGUACAUUCAUGGAUUGGCUGCUAGAGGAGUGCAUUAUUUGCAUCGACCUGGACCACUGCUCCAGGACUUGGGAUUUAUGGCCCUUCCAGAGCUUGGGCGAGACAAAGGUUAUCUUAGUGAGAGCAUAUUUUCUUCCAUCUUCAUCUCCUUUGUGUUGUGGACUUUUCAUCCUUUUAUUUAUAACAGCAAACGCUUCUAUACCGUGCUAAUCUGGCGCAGGGUGCUCGCUUUUUUAGUUGCUUCACAGAUUUUAAGGAUCAUUACAUUCUAUUCAACGCAGCUCCCGGGUCCAAAUUAUCACUGUCGUGAGGGCUCAAAAUUGGCAACUCUUCCACCACCCAAUAGCGUACUUGAAGUGCUCCUUAUUAACUUUCCUCGUGGAGUACUUUUUGGUUGCGGUGAUUUGAUAUUUUCAUCUCAUAUGAUUUUCACACUCGUCUUCGUUCGAACGUACCAUAAAUAUGGCUCGAAAAGGUUUAUUAAGCUCCUUGCUUGGUUCAUGGCUAUAAUUCAGAGUCUUCUUAUAAUUGCUUCUCGCAAGCACUACACUGUCGACGUUGUUGUUGCAUGGUAUACCGUAAACUUAGUGGUAUUCUUUGUUGACAACAAGCUCCCAGAAAUGCAGGAUCGGACGAGUGGACUAUCUUUGCUUCCAUUGAGUACCAAAGAAAAGGACAGGUUGAAGGAGGAGAGAGACGGUAAACUGAAGGAUGAGUUCCAUAAGUUGCUGAACGGGAACCAUGGGGAUCCUACUGAUCGGCGACAGAGGGCGCAGAUGAACGGGAGGCACGACGAAGACAUCAAUCACGCGCUCUCCGAGGCCACUGCCAAUGGUACAUGAGCGCGGUAUCGGCUUUUCACCGGGCGUUUUGUCCUUGGCAUGUUGAACUGAAGCCAUCUAAGAUUCCAGCCACACCAUUGAACAGGCACAUGGAUCUCCUCCUCUCCUUAUUCCUUUUGCAUGAUGCAAGAAUCAGAAUCUCGCGGCGGCGCCACUCGGAUCUUCCUUCGCGGUACAGCUUUGAAUUCCCCAUUGCAAUGGCCUCGGUCAGGAUGGCACAGGAAUUUGAUCUUGAUGUACAUAUUGAUCGGCUAAAACUUGUGGUAGAUUCGCGCGUUGCUGACUCGCUGGCUGAAGUGUGUGAAUAGCUAGCUGUUGGCCUGUUGCUUGGAGCCAACGCUUUCAUGCUUGUUUCAUGCUGGGCUGAGACUGAGCAGUCCACGCGAGGGCACGUUCAGCCAUGCGACGCCUACGGCAGUGAGGCGAGCAAAGCACUUGCGUCUGUUUCGCCCCGUAUGCGGCGACGUAUGGGCGCGGGCGCAGCGCAUGUGGUGUGGUCUGUUAGGCGGUCCCGUGCAACACUGUAACUCUGGAGCGCCAUCCAGUGCGACCUGCAGGUCGACUGCCCUAGGCCGCGAGGCAUCAGGGCACCGGGGGCGAUCGCGUUUGUGCUACUGCUGAGCGUAUAAAUUAUAUCUUCGUUUGAUCUAGGCUAGUCUUUUCACGUUGCGUCGAUAAAAACAGUCAGUCUAAAUUAGACAAGUUCUGGGCUCUACUGACUACUGCGAAAAUGUCAGAAUUUAGAUUAUCCUUGGUUCCUCACUGUGAUGCACCCAGCGUGAUAUUGAAUCAGCAUCUGUUACUGCAAUGCAAUCAUACAUAUGAGAUGGUGAACCCUAGUUAGCUGAUGCUUCUUCCAACAACUGUAGUAAGCAUAGUAAAUAUCGCUGUGCAGCUGUAUUGAUGUCGUGGCUCUAUGGCCUGAGAGCGUGCAUAAAAAAAAAGUUCAGUACUUACAUGUAUCCAAGGUUGAGCAGAGUUGUUUCCUUGGGCUCCCUCUCAAGCCGGCGAACUGGGUUAGAUCCCCAGCGUUGGCACCGGGAGAUCCCUUUGUAGCCUCAGCUGAAAAAAAGAAAAAAAAAAUGAAAAAAAUGUAUCCAAAGUGCUUUAUUGCUA